AUGGGCCUCGCCGAAUUCGAAGAAUUCUUGGCACGGGUGGGGGAAUGCGUCAGUAGACGCCUUCUCCCCCGCCCAGUCCUGAUAGCGGAGGACUUCAACGCAAAGCCUUGCGUGUGGGGUUUCCCGCGGUCGGACGCCAAGGACGAGGCCCUCGUCGAUUGGGAGCCGACCCUGGGCCUGUGUGUCCUUAACACAGGCUCAGAGAGCACCUGCGUGCGGUGGCAGGGAGGGUCAAUAGUUGACUUGACUCUGGCCAAUCCUGCUGCUGUACGCAGAGUGUCGGGGUGGAGGGUAGAGUCGGGCCUGGAGACAUUUUCGGACCACGUCUACAUCUUCAUGGCCCUGGCUCCGCCCUUAGGGACGAACCCACCCCCUCGCCGCUCAGUCAAAGGCGGCCGACCACGGCGAUGGAAGGUGAAGGAAAUGUGCGGGGACACGCUGAUCGCUAGUCUCCUCGCGGCGACGUGGCCGGACAGAAGUCCGGCCAAUGAUGUGGAGGAAGAGGCCUCCUGGCUCCAGGGCAUAGUUAUGGACGCAUGUGACGCGUCGAUGCCCCGGGUCGGGAGGCCUCCUGGCCGGCGGGCCGCUUACUGGUGGUCGGAGGAGAUCGCCGAAUUGCGGCGCUCCUCCGUCCGUGCUAGACGGCGCUUUCUGCGCGCCCGCCAGUCAGGGAUUGCCGCGAGGAUCGACAACGCCUAUGGGGAGUACCGGAAAGCGAAGUACUCCCUAAAGCUAGCGAUCAGCCGGGCCAAGGACAGGGCCUAA